AUGCCGCGAGCCACCGUGUCAUUUAAGCAUGAGGAGCAGGAGUGGAAUCAUGAGUUCGAAGUCGACGCAGCCACAACUGUGCUAGACCUCAAGCGGAAGAUGACAUCCUCUGCGCCCGAGCACGCGGCAUGGUUUGAAUUGUGCAGGGACGGCAGCACAGUAAAGAAUAGCGACUUGGUCGAUCCGCUGGCGAUUUACAUUUUCCAUUACCUUGGUCCAAGCGGAAGUGAUCAGGACAACCUUGAACAGCAUGUCGCCGGACUGACUGCAGAGGAUCACGAUGAUCCAUUCCCAUCUGCCCGAGAAGAGCCACGGCCACUGUCAGCACCAGUGGCGGCUGCAAUCGCGGAACCAGCCGUUCCGCGCUGGAGGAUAACAGGAGGUUCGGACAAAGGCGGCAUCAUCGUGCGACAGUCCGAAUCAUUGAAAUCUGCCGACCUCGGCCGCGUCAGCACCGGAGCUAUUGUGGAGGAGAUCGCCAAAGUUGGAGACCGGCUCUGUUACAGGCUAGAAGAGGGCACUGGACCGGCGAAAGGCUGGGUGAGCAUCCGCGUUUCUGGCAAGGAACUUGCUGAAAAGAUCUCUUGA